AUGUUAUCAGUUUCUGUUGUCAUUUCUUCAAUUGGCGUGACUUCGUCUAUUGUAUCAUGUGUUGUAAAUACUUAUAUGUUUGUAACAGUAGAAAGACGAAAAAACGACAUGACUUUGUUUUACUUUCGUUUUUUAUUGGAUGUUAUCUUGAGCGUACUGGUAGCCGCUUUCCUUACGAGUGACAUUAUCUAUUUUACGUUUUCUGAAAAAAUGGAUUCACAGCUUAUAGUCGUGAUAUUUUAUAUACCACUUCUCGCAUCAAAUGUUGCAGCUGUUAGAUCAAUUGUGAUAUUGUUCAUUUCUGUGGAGCGGGUUGUGGCAUCCUACUUUCCAAUUUUUUUCCACAAUCAUCGAAAGUUCCGAUUUAAAGUGUUCAUAAUGAUUUUAGCUGUUUUCUAUGGGCUCACCGAAGAUAUUGUGCUCUAUGUGUUUUGCGACUUUCAACUUAAACUAGUCCCAAAUUGUGUAGCAUUUGGUUGUACUAUCAAUGCAUGCUAUCAUCAAUAUUGGAUCACUCACAGAAUGACAGUUUUCGCGUUGAUGUUUUUAUUUUCAAUAUUCUUGGCCUCAAAAUUAUUUAUGCUCAGGAAAAGCAAAAAUGUUGGGAAGAACGAGCAAUUUAGAAUGAACCGUCUCGCGUUAAUUGACAUUGGCAAUGUAACUCUUUUCGAGUUUUUUCCAAUUUUCCUCGCAAACCAGCUCUCUAAAUAUUUUAAUUUUAAAAGCCUUGGGCCAUAUGGAAUAUCAAUAAAAAUGCUGGGAUGCGCUGUGGAAGCUGUAUUGAUGCUCUAUAUUUUGAAAGGCAAAAAACGGCGUGGAUCGGAGAGAAGCAACUCGAAAAUAGCAAGCGGGAAAACUAAUUGUAUUCUUGUAAAAUCAGCGUAA